UGCCAUUUAAGUCGGAUCAGUAAUCACAGUAGUGUAUGUGUUAAUGCUGUGCACCGUCUGUGAAUCUUUUCAUUAGCAAACAGUUUUUCAUUAGCAAAUAGUUUUACACAACAUAUUCGUUAAAUUAACAUUGUAAAUAUAUGAUAUAUCGACAAACGGAAAACUGCGUUUAAACAUAAAGAGUGCAAAGUGUAGAAUACAUAAUAUGGGUACAUUGAAACUAACUGUAAAAGAGUUUCUGAAAUAUGACACAUAACGAUAAAAGAAUGUAUGACAAUUGAUAUUUCAAACGAGCUAAAGAAUUGCAAGUCAUUUCACAGAUAUUAUUGAAAUUUGUUCCGGAGAAAGCUUCAGUGCAUAAAGUCGAGAAAAUGGAGUAUAUUAUUUAUUAUUAUUCUGUUUCAUCUUCAUGUUGCCGAUAUUAUUUUGCAUUUGAUACAAAUAGUUUAAACGUAUCAAUUUAAAAUGCCAAAUUUCUAUAUUUACUUUUCUGCUUCAACUUGUAUGUAGUGCAAAUUUCAACGAAUGCUUAACCAAUUCAUUUUGCUUUAUGAACCCCUUAAGAGAACGAAAUUGUAUAACACGUACAUAAAUUUAUUAGCUUUUUAGAUAAUACCCAUUAUCGUUUAAACUGACAUUAUUGCCUUACUGUUGCAACUUUCGCGGGAGGCGCCGGACUCAAGCAGAAAUCUCUCCCAGUAUGAAAGUUUUGAAAGCAGUCGGAUACACAAUAAAGUAAUCUCGAGCGUCGAUAGCCCACAUUUUCUAUGCGAAGCGUAAUUGCCACGACUAGGAAGGAAGCUAUUAAAUCAAUAUAAUUACCAUACUUAUAACGAUAUCUGCCAAACACACUUUCUCGAGACGAAACAUGGGGGCGACCCGCAGCUUUUUUCAUUUCGUCCAAGAGCCUACGCGGUGUCACCUCAUUUUCGUUCCGAUCACGACGCGGUCACGAUGGACUCCCUCAUCGUCGUUUUAAUAGCCGUCGCCGUAUGUUGCAGUGAGAUGUGCUGUGACACACUUCCGGCUACGACCGUUGUUAAUCCUAAAAAUGCAGGCUUUUUAAUGGAGGCAAACGCUAGUUAUAUGAUCGACAAAGGACUCCCUUUGAGAAAUCUAGAUCUGCGUAAGCCGGCAAAAGUAGAGGAACCAAGGAACCUGGACAAUACAAGAAGCGAGGCAAAUAAAAGAAAGGCGCGACUAUUAGGGGGUCUGGCCUUUUUAGCUGGUCUGAGUGUUGGUGGGUUGGCCACUGCGGCAUCGUCAAGUGUAAAAACCAUUGCUAAGAUGCCACAAGCGACCUUCGCCUUGAAUUUGGGUCACUCGAAAACCUCGCCUUACUUCGCCGCUUACUACAGUCCUUACUCCCUCAUACCUUAUCCGUUCUUUUAUCACACUCCCUUCGGACUCCUGCCGACUGCCGAUCCGGCAAAGCCAUUGCAGGUGUCGUCGCAUAAUGAUAUGACGCAGCAAGUGAUCAGUUUGUUCGACAACAGGCAGCCGGGCGAUUUUGCGGAAAACAAUGAAGAGUACGCGGACCAGGAGAAGAAUCCCGACAGUGACAAGAACGCGGCCAUUAGUGAAGACAGGGCUGAUCAUCGGCCGGAAUUACAAACUGAUCGGAACGCGGAAGAGAAGGCGGUGAUGCGUGGCUGCAAGGAAGCUCAGAGGAAGCACAGUGAUCUCUUCAAAGGAUCGCCCAGACAGCAUGAAAAUCUUCAGGUGGGUGCCACCGACCCGCCAGCAGCCAUGGGAGCAACGAACAUGACUGCUGACACGAAUCAGACCGUAAUAAGAGAUAAAACUACAACGAGAAAGCCAUAUAUAGACUUCAAACCAACGUUCAGCAAUCAUACUACCGAACAUCCGAGCUUUCCAGGAUAUUAUGAGGGAUAUCCGCAGGAUAUAAGCCACGUGGACCUCACGACAGGUUCAGACGCAUACCACUAUCAGGAUCACGGCCAGAUAAAUUACAAUUUGCCGUAUGAGCAGCCUAGUAGCUUUUACCACGAUGACACAUACUCGAAUCAUCAUGCGAAUCAUCCGUAUUUCCCUGGUUCCUUCUCGUCAGAGCCAAUAAAUGGAUACGUAGGCACGGACUUUGGCCGCGUAUACCCCUCGCAAUAUCAGACGCCAUAUAUCAAUAGCUUUAAACCAGUAAAGUAGAUCUUACACGGAAGUUUUAUCAAAUUUAUAUAGCACACAUUAAUUUUCAUAAAUGGUGCCUGGUGAGCUCCAAUUAAAAAUUGAAAUGAUCAUUGUUAUUUAUGUAUAUAUUUGAGGAGGUUGUCAGGCAAGAUAAGUUUGUUAAGAAUUUAUUGAGACUUGCGCUAUGUACAAAUUGAAAUGUUAUCUAAUUGCUCGUGCAAUUGAACAAAUAUUUGUUAUUCGAGUGUUGAGAUAUCUGAAACUAAAAUUGACAUUUUUUACAUGUGUUCCUUAGA